AUGCUGAGUAUAGCUACACCUAUAACGAAAUCAACUAAGCUUUCCAAUCUCAUAAAUUAUAGACUUCGAAUCAUAUCUAAGGAUUCCCGAAAUAAUCGAAAUUAUAUUGGAACCUUGUUAGCAUUUGAUAAUCAUUUAAAUCUUGUUUUAAGUGAUGUUGAAGAAAUUAGAAUCACCAAUAAAUCAUUACAACAAUUAAGAUCAGCCAAUCCUAGUGGGGACAGUGAUGGUAAGAGUAAUGUGACAUAUGAUAAACGAUCACUUGGAUUGAUCAUCUUAAGAGGUGAACAAAUUGUAAGUUUAAGUAUUGAAAGUCCACCAUCCACUGAUUUAAAAUCAAGAUUAGGUUUAAAUAGAGGGGCAAAGUUAAAGAAAGGUAAGGGUGUUAUCAAACCAUUGAAGACUCCUGUUAGUGUCAAAUCAAAAGUGGCAGCUUCGACUACUACGAACAAAGGUACUAUUCUGAAAUAG